AUGCGAUCACUCCGUGUGUCAGCGUGCUCGCACAUGGCCGAUGCACGUGGAUCAGCUCUCUUCUCCCAACCAAGCACCCCGGAGACUCAGCGCUUCCAAUCCCGAAGCCUGGGGUGGUGCCCAGCAACACCCACGUCGGCGACCCACCAUGAAGAAGCUGCUCUCUACGCAGCAGAGGAGUGGAACUAUGGGUAUGCUGACGAGGAGGGAGCACCGCCUGUGCAGCGCACCAACCCAGGGUACGUCACGUUGUUGCCCCCGCAAGAUGACAGCGCUAGUGUUUGCACACCACGCACGGUGUGUCAGUCUCGGUCAAGAGAAUGCCCAGGACAAGAGCACUCGCAUCCCUUGCUCAUCUCACAACACACUGAACAGGCGUCCGCUGUUUCCCAGCAGUUGUCGCCUUGUUCAUUCAUGCCCUCUAUUGGCGAUGCCCCCGUCGUGCGUCGCGUUCGGUCUCUCUCGUGCUUAAGCGCCAAUCGAUCCGUAGCACCGGCUCGGUAUUCCGUCGGUUACGGCACCGAUGGUAUAGGAACAGGGGAAAGCGUAGGUCGAAGCACCGCCGUACUGAGCGGUGUGGGGCCCGCUGGCGUUAAUAUAUGUGGCACGCCGUCAGCCGUAGCAGUAACACGCCGGGCGGUGCCGUUACACUCGACUUUGGCUACGGCAGCUUUCUCGAUGGCGAAUCAACAUGGCCAUCCGCUUCAGGAGGGCAACGACGGUGUCAGUUAUGUGCCCGCUAGUGGAAGCAACGACAUCGUUCUCUUGCAGACAUACGCCACGCAGCCGUUUGCCGCCUCCUCCGUCCCACGUCUCACGCGCCUUUCGCUCUCCUCCAGCGGGCAGAGUCCUGCUGUGCAGACGAACUGGUCUAUUGGCCGUCCGACUACACUGCGCUGCCGCGACACGGACUCCGUCGUGCACUGCGAUUGGGGAGCCGUUCAGAGCGAAGAAGAGGAAGAAACGGGGCCAUGGAUCGGCGGCGGCACACAGGUGUGCCGCGGCUCCGCUGAGGUGCGCGCGCUGUUGCAGUGUUCUCAUGACGCAGAGGAACAAGAGGAGAGGACGCUGAUCGGCGUGCCGACCUCGUAUCCUGGUGGCCACCUGAAAAUCGUCAGGGGUCUGUUUGCAUCUUCGCCUCCAGCACCGCUGCCGAUAUCUUUUUCGGCCUCUCAGCUCGAGCUUUCCGACUGCUGCCAGGACAACGCCGUGCUGUUGAGCGGAGUACCUGUGGCGAGUACCGAAGAGGAAACUCACAGUGACGUCCCCGAGGCGACUCAAUCGAAGGCGAUACCGACACUAGGCGGCAUUGCAGCCAAGGGAUCGAACGGUUCCUUUGCGGACUUGGAGGCUGCACCGCGCAAGAGUUACGCUCGGUCCGACUGCGGCACCCCUCCAGCAAGCACUUUCGAGCCUCCCCAGAAGUUAGGGAAUCCACACAGACGCGGUUGCGUCGUGAACGGAGUGCAUGCAGGUGCUAGAUUCACGUCCCGCGUAGUUGCGUCAGAAGCUAACGCUCACCACUUCGGGGAGCCAUUCUCUUCCAACGUUGGCAGCGAUUGCAGUUCCUGCGUAGGGUUCGCUGCAGCGUGGCGCGAUCAUACGUGCAACACCACCCCACAGGGGCGCGGCGUGCGAGUGGAGGCGCCAAAUCAGCUGAAGGGGUCUGAAGGCUCUACAUCCACGACAAAGGCCGAGGCAGUCGCCUCACGGCUGGCACACAUCUCCAUCCACGCCUCUCCCACCCCAAAGCGACUCGCGUUUGAAGAAGAGGAGCUUCUCGAGAGGGGCAGCGAUGGUGACUCGCCGACGUUGAUUCCUGCGACGCGCUUUGGUGCCUACGGCGCUGCUCGACAACGCGUUGGCAGCAACGCCUCAGCUGCUCCUGCCUGUGACGGCUUUUCGGUAGCCAGUCUCUUGGGUAGAGGCACCGGGGACCUGAGGGGCAGUGGCCCACGGUGGAGCUCGACAUUUGAUGGUAGUGCCUAUUGUGAGUCCUUUAGCAGUCACAUUCCUAGCGGCCUGCAGCUCCUCCGCUCCCGUAAGCGCUGCCUCGCAGAAAUGCAAGCGACAGACACACCGGAAAGGAGUGCCAAAGCACUGACGGCAAGAGGUCGCAACACUACCGGGGACACGAUUUGUCGUGUUCCGGGCGGGCUCGGGAGUGUGGACCUGACGACUUCGUUCGAAAGUCUAGGGGGGGAGGAGGAGGAGGAGGGCACCGUUGCCGUUGCCGUCGCCGAGGAGGCAAUGAAGAGGCAGAGGCUCGAAGAGCAUCGUCGUAGCGUACUGCAGCACCUGUUUCCUAGUACGUCAAGCAGGAUGGAGGACCUCGCUCCGGCACCGGUGCGAGCGUUUGGCAUGGUAGUGGAUCCCUGUUUAUCUGUGCCCUCUUUGCACGUUCGCAGCGCCUUGCGCGCGAGCCAGUCAGCGAAAGACCAGCAGUCUCAGCAACAACGCAUCUAUAGUGGCGACGCCGCUUCGUGGAGCCAGGUGAGCAGCAUCGACUGCGUGUCACCGGCGUCGCAGAGCACGUCGAUGGGUCUUUGGGGGAUGCCAGGCGCCAUUUCUCAAGGCCACCACAGCGGUGCAACGAUGUUCUUCGCCGGCUCCUGCCCGCAGCUGCUGACACCGCACCCACCAAACGUGACGCCGCAGCCAUCACGCAAGCACUAG